AUGACACAUUCAAGUCACAAAAAGAAAGUUCUCAUCAUCGGGGCGGGGCCAGGUGGACUGGUACUCGCUCACUGUUUGCGAAAAUAUGACAUACCCUUUGAGAUAUUUGACCGCGAGAAAGCCAGCCAACCACGAAAGCAAGGUUGGGCAGUUGCACUAAUUGAAUGCCUCUCAGACCUAGAGGAGCUCCUGCCGGAGGACAUCUUCCGAAAAAUUCCUACUGCUAGUGUUAAUCACCAAACUGGUAGCCUCGACUCUUUUGCAAUCAUCAAUUGCAUGACGGGCCAGCAGACAGCUAUGCUUGGUGGGACAGAGUACGCACAGCCUGGAUGUUUGCUUCGUGUGAAUCGUCAAGCUCUCCGCGAAGUGUUGCGCCAGGACAUUGAUCUACAGAACGACAAGGAAUUUGAUCACUACGAGGAAUCGGAUUAUGGUGUUACUGCAUAUUUCAAGGAUGGAACAACUUUCACAGGAGAUAUUAUCGUUGGAGCAGAUGGUGCCCAUAGUGCUGUUCGCAAACAGUUAUUUGACUCCCCGAAACCGAUGCAGAGCAAGUACAUUCCACUUGUAGGAGAGGUCCAGCUGUCCAAAGAGCAGUACGAGCCUCUUCACAAAAUAGGCACUGCGGGACUGUUUUCUUACGGACCUGGGUUACGAUACCUGAUCGGCCUCCUCGGGACCACAGAAGAUCUCUCGGAAGCCAGUUACUAUUGGGCUUGUUGUUAUCAAAGCGAUGAUCCGGAGCGAGACAGUGCAUGGGUACAAAAUGCGAGCGGCGAAGAGCUGUAUGACCGCAGUCUUGAGAUCACUAAAUCCUUUGCCCCAAUUCUGACCGAUAUCAUCCGCACCACCAAGCCGGAGAACAUGGCACAACCUCCACUUCGCUUCAUCGAGUAUUAUCUUCCUGAAGUUCCAUCAACCUCGUCCCGGGUGACUUUACUCGGUGAUGCUGCUCAUGUGAUGAUACCAUUCCAUCUCGCCGGCGCUAAUACCGCCAUCAAAGACGCCUGCGACUUGGCACGUCAACUUUCGCACCCUAAGCAGGACUUCCCUGAAGCAAUUCAAUGCUAUGAGAAAGUGAUGAUUCCCCGCGGGCGCGAGAAGGUGUUACGUAGUCGCCUGGCUGGAGAGCUCCCAACGUUGAACGAGAUAUUGGUCCGAAAUACCGAUAAUCUACCCCUUAGUUUUUAA